AGAAAAUAUAAAGGAUGUACAAAGAAAAGUUCGAUUAAAUUUUGAUAUUAAACCAUAAUUUAAUUUCGUACAACAAAGAAAGAUGUGUGCGACGUAAUAUUGUGAGGUGUAAUAAUAAAAAGCAUAACAAACAUUAACAUUGAUUGUAAAUCAGACAUCAUAGAGUGAAUUAAUGCAUUGAUAAUACACGAAAAUAAAAAAAUUACUCCGGAAUUAUUUGGAACAUAUCUUUUUUUCCUGUAUCGUGUACUUACAAAAUGCCACCCAAAAAAGUAAAUACAACACAACAGACGUCAAAGGAUAUUGAAACCUUAUUCAAGAGACACUUUGAACGUUUUACAACAAAUUAUGAACGUGAGUUCAGGGACCUUAAAACAUCAGUUUUAAGUGAAAUCAAGGACUUAAGAAAAGAGGUAAGCAAACUGUCAGAACAAUACGUCUCGCUAUCAAAUCAAUGUUCUGCCCUGGAUGACAGACUUACAUCAGUUGAAGACAAGCUUAACGUAGAUAUGAGGCUGCCUACCAGCCAGGAAGCGUUUUUCACUGAACUGUCGGAACGAAAACGCCGUGAAACCAACGUGAUUGCCCUAAAUAUUCCUGAGUCUGAUAAAGCUGCUGGAAAGGACCGUUUAGAGGAUGACAGAACAAAGUUAGUUACAGCUUUGCCUCCCAGUCUCAAGGCCACUGAACUCAAGUUACGUAGACUGGGUCGUCCUACACCUGGACGUACACGUCCUCUUCGCAUUGCCACCCGCUCAGCAGCCGAUGCACUUGCCAUUAUCAAAUACAGACCAACAGACGAAAACUCAGGUUUUAUUUUCAAGACUGAUCUAACUCCCUCUCAACAACUUCAUCUGAAAAAUUUGCGUCAAGAGCUUGAUUCAAUCGUAAAGAGUGGUGAUGACAGUAACACAAUUAAAUAUAUCCAUGGUGUCCCUAGAAUCGUUAACAGAAAUUUUCGUCCGCUCAACGAGCAAGAAGAAAGUAUCUUACGUCCACCUGUGCUACCAGAACGUCAGAGGUCUGCGUACAAAACUCUCAACAUUUCAAACAGCAUUGGCGGCUAACCAGUACGACGUUGUAUGUAUUUCGGAAUCCUGGCUUCACUCAUCCAUAUGUGAUGGUGAAGUCAUUGAUUCAACAUAUAUUAUUUACCGUAAAGACCGUGUUUCUCUCAUCAACGAGCAGGUACGUGGUGGUGGUGUCUUUAUCGCCUGUAAACGUAGUCUCCAUACAGAAAAAAUUGCAAUAACAAACAACGAUUUAGAGCAAAUAUUCAUCCGUGUCAAGGGAGCUUCUCGCGAUAUGAUCAUCGGCUGCAUCUACAUACCUCCUCAAUCAACUCUUGAGAUCUUCGAGUGCCACAUAGCUACCGUUUCAUUUAUAAUAGACAAAUACCAAAACUCCAACGUCAUGAUUGUCGACGACUUCAAUAUUCCUAGCAGCUUGCCUCGUGUCGAAUGUGAAAAGAAACUUUAUGAUGGCUUUGCCUCAUUAAACUGCACUCAACAAAAUUACAUUCAAAAUGCCUGGAACUCAACACUUGACCUUUGUUUCAGUGACAUUGACUCUUCUCCGGAACACGCAGUUGCUCUUGUCCCGGAAGAUAAGUACCAUCCUGCUAUCGACAUCUUGCUAAAUUUUCGGCAGGGGUUGACGCCAGAUAAUUCCUCAUCAUACGUAUUUAAAAAGGCUAACUACGCAGCCCUUAAUACCUCUCUCUUAAGAACGAACUGGAUUGACCUCUACAAACUCGAGACUAUUGACAUACACGUACACAAGCCAAGUAACUAUCCAUCUUGGUUCUCACAUGAUCUCAUUCACAAAGUCAAACAGAAGAAAUCUGCACACCUGAUAUAUAAAAUUUGGAAAACUAAGCCAAAUUAUUUACGAUUCAGCAGGUUAAGAUUGAAAUGCAAAAAGUUAAGUAUCGAUUGCUACAAAAGUUAUGUCGACAAGGUAGAGGACAAACUGCAAUCGGAGAUCAAAGCAUUCUGGAAUUUUAUCAAGGACAAAAACCGUUGCACCGGUGACAUACCAUCUUCCGUAGCCUGGAAUGACCGCUCAGCAGAUACGGGACCGGGUAUCAGUAACCUCUUUGCGUCCUUCUUCCACAACAUCUAUGCGCCAUCGAAUAGCAACGACCCAGGUAUUGCAACCUUCAAUCCUGGUACACAGCGCACACACUUGUAUGCCCUGACAGUGACCUACGAUGCAGCACUCAAAGAACUCCUUGCUCUCGACCCCAGCAAAGGUCCAGGCCCCGAUGGUUUACCUAACAUAUUCAUCAAAAACUGUGCGGUAGGCCUAUGUGAGCCUUUGACACAUAUAUUUGGCGAAUCUCUUCACCAUGGUACCUUCCCGACCUACUGGAAACUGUCAUACAUCUCACCGAUUCAUAAAGAGGGGCCCAAGACCUUGGUUACCAACUACCGUCCUAUCUGCAUACAGUCUGCACUUGCAAAACUAUUUGAGAGGUUAGUGCUUCCACAGAUACGUCAGGCAUUUGAAAACAUCAUACCAAUUUGUUCAUAUACGUCGACAAACUGCUGAACUCCAUGGAUUCCGGCAACUGCACACACAGCAUUUACACAGACUUCAGCAAGGCUUUCGACCGUGUUGACUACGAAAUACUUUUAGAUAAGCUAAGUAAAUAUGGUGUGGCUGGACGUGCAUUAGCUUGGAUACGUACAUACCUCACAGGCAGACGCUUGCAAGUCAGAGUAGAUGGCCACUUAUCCAGUGAAUAUGAAGUAAUCUCUGAUGUGCCACAAGGAUCUCACCUUGGUCCUGUACUAUUUAACAUCUUCGUCAACGACAUUGGUAAUAAUUUUGCUUCUGAUUUCCUUCUGUAUGCUGAUGACCUCAAAAUAUUUAGACCGAUUACUUGUGAGACAGACAUCAUAAUUUUGCAACAAGACAUAAAUAUCCUCAGUGACUGGUGUCGAGUGAACAAGCUGGAUCUCAACGUAAACAAAUGUGCGGCCGUAUCUUUCGCUCGAUCACACUCACCGAUCCGCACGAGCUACAAACUUGAUGGGCUUGAGAUAGCGGAGGUCGAGAACAUAAAAGACUUAGGUAUCAUUGUUGAUAAUAAGCUCACCUUCUCACACCACGCAGACAAAAUUACAUCAAAGGCGUUCAAAGCCCUUGGAUUUAUACUGAGGAGUGGUAAAGAUUUCAAAAACCCUUGGACACUCAUUAGACUAUUCAAAUCACUUGUACUACCAAUUUUGGAAUAUGGUUCGGUAAUCUGGUCUCCCUACACUAACACGACAAUCGAUAAAGUUGAAAAGGUGCAGCGUAAAUUGUGUAAGUCACUGGCCUAUAAACUAUCGUCACCAAGUCACAUCUGCAAUACUGAUGAGGUCUACCAGUGCUACUGUAUAAACAAACUGUCUUUUCGUCGACAGGUCGCUGACCUUUGCUUUUUCUACAAAGUAGUCAAUAACAUCACUGAUGCUCAUGAGAUCCUAAACAGUUUUGAACUCGCCCCUGCUGGUCUUACCCUGAGGCGAAAUAGAUUACUAAAACCUUCGAAAUCCAAGAAAAAUUAUGUUAUCCAUGGUCCUCAGAAUAGACUGGCUAAUUUAGUAAAUUCACUUCAAGGUGAAAUUGAUUUCUAUGGAGGAACAUACGCUGCUUUUACCGAAAACACCAAGAGACACCUGCUCGUCUGAAUUACAUCUAAAUCAAGUCUGAAUUACAUAUUAACUUACAAUUAUUUAAAUAUUUUCCAGAUAUUACACUAAUAUACCCUAGCCACUUUUGUAUAAUACUUUAAUUCUUUAUUAUAUCUAUGUAUAUUGCCGAUUGGCGUUUAAAUAAAUAAAUAUCAAUUGAACCGGUGAAGAAAAUGCAACAAGGUGGCGUAAGAUCCUUCGGUCCGAUAAAUCUAAAAUAAAUAUGGUAAUCCUAUAGAAACCCGUGGAAGAUUAUAAAGGAAAAGUUGGCACUUUUUAAACCACGAAAUAAGGAGGAAUUAAGGGAAAAAGUCUAAGGGACGUGGUAUUCAAUAACAAAUUCAGUCUGUAAUGCUCUAGUGGAUUCUAUGCCGAAAAUGUGCGGUGCCGUACUCGCAAAUAAUAGUUUUGAAACAAAAUUCUAACUUAUAUGCAGUUUUUAGUUAUAAUAGUAAACUUUUUACGAAGUUUUUUUAUGAUUCUAUUUUAUUGUCAAUUGAAGUUCCUGACAGUUCCUUUAAAAGUUGUCUGCUGAUAAUAAAUUUAUAUUAAGUUACU